AGCUACUUAGCUCUUUUAUCAUAAGAUUCUCUAAAAUUUUAGCAAGUGAAGGAAACAAGCAAAAACUUAGCAAUGAAGGAAACAAAAAAAGAUUCAGAAGAGCUAAGGAAUCAGGAGUUUCCAAACCAAAUCAUAAAACUAGACGUUGGAGGGAAGAUUUACAAGACGUCCAUCCAGACAAUCAAUAAGGAUCCUGCAUCAAUGCUCGCUGCUAUGUUUUCUGGACGAUUCAAAAUGAAGUCAAGAGAAGAAGAUGGUUAUUACUUUAUUGACCGGGAUGGCGACACUUUCAGGUACAUUCUAAAUUAUCUGCGCAACGGUACACUUAUUUAUCCCGAUGACGUGACAACAAGACAGGAAAUCCUUCAAGAAGCAGAAUUUUACCAAAUACAAGGAAUAAUUGACGACCUAGAGUCACCGGUCUUGCUGAGAGAAACGUCUGUUAUUGUAAAACGUAAGGAACACGACACAGAGAUAAGUAGUUGGUUGCCUACUGAUUCCAAAUGCAGUCUCUUAUAUCGUGCAACACGAGACGGCUGGUCAGCGAUGGAUUUCCACAGACUGUGUGAUGAUAAGGGGCACACCCUUGUUCUCAUGAAAAGCAAUGAUGGGUACAUUGGCGGAGGUUAUACAACCAAAUCUUGGGAAGCAAGUCGAUUGGAAAAAGCAAAGCAAGACAAAGACUCCUUCGUGUUCACUCUUACCAACCCUUCCCAACACAAACCUACCAAACUCAACAGUAAACCUGAUCUACACAAUAACCGAGGUGGCAUCGUGUGUUCUGAACUAGCUGGACCUUACUUUGGUACUAGAAAAUAUUUCGACCUUAAAGUUCUUCAGAGUGAUAUGAUUAAUAAGAAUAUAAGUAACUAUGUUGAUUUGGGCCAUGGUUUCGAGUGCCCCGAUGGUCUGCACACUAAGAUGUUCAUGUUUGGUAAGGGAACCUUUUCUUUAAAUGAAAUAGAAGUAUUUAGUGUUUAUUAGAGUGAAGGCGUUUAUCCCGUGAAAUAGAUAGAGAUCUAGAUGAUCACAUGUUAAGAACUUUAUAUCGUUUUUAUUCACGAGUUUCCAUCUGAUGCCGCGAACGAAAAUAUGGAAAACGAGUCAAUAAGAGAGAUAUCAGGCUCUUAGCAUGUAAUAAUUCGUUUAUUACACAUUUAAGGUCGAUAGAAUGACAAAAUUUACAAUUUCCAGUUCACCCGCCGUGAAGUGAAUGGGUCUCCUGUGGACGCAUGCGUGUCGUUUUGGCGCGCUUUUUUGAUAGCCCGAAGCAAAGCACCUGUAUCACUUCACUUAUAUAGUUUUUAGUGGCCUUGGUCAUUGUAGUCGCACUGUAAAUUGAUAGAUUGAUUUUAUUUGGCCCGUGAAACGAUUUGGAAUAAUUAGAGUCCGAUUGGAAUUGUGGGGGACUGAGUGUUUUCUCGUUAAAAAUUCAAUAUACCCUUAGAUAGUUUGCCAGCACAGCUCAAAGUUAGUAUAUCAAGAUAUUAACUUUUUGCGAACUACUAAUUAAAACCACAAACAAUUUACAGCUUACGACCCACAAUUCCUUUCGGUCUCAGAUUACAGAUCUCCGAACGACAACGUUUUUUUGAAAUAGGUGUAUGUAUACAUGCUAGGGGUUGUGGU